AUGCACAACAGAUCCAGAUCCAUGUGGCUGGUGGCCGCUGUGCUGCUGGCGCUCCUGCUCCCGGAGGCGCUGCCCACCGCCGAUGCGGUGAGCGAGCCCGUGUGCUCCUACCGCAACUCGGAGGAUGAGACCAUCUUCCUCAAGUACCUGCCGCUCCUGCGGCGCGGACAGGACUACGUGGACUUCGGCAAGGACGGCAAGUGCCUCAAGCGGGCCAUCUGCACGGACACCUUCAAGACCAUCGUGGAGGAUUGCGCCCAGCAGAAGAUCACGUGUGUGAACAAGGAUCGCUUUACGGGCGUUUUUCCUGCUUGCUGCCUCAAGUGUCCUUAAAUUGGAAAAUUUGUCUUGCUUGGAUGGUACAUAAAUAAAUUCCGUGUAAUACAUACAAUCCAAAUUAACUAGUUCCUUUGGUUGUGUUUUGU